GGUUGGGUUAACAGAGAGUGUGUCUUUCUGCACAGAAACUUGAUCCUGCCAGGGACCAGAACGUUUUCACUGCCUAAAGAUCUGCAGCAUUCUUCAGAGAGGAACUGUGUGGAAUAUUCCUAAAGGCUCACGUGGAGGCACAGCUGUCCUGAGUGAUAAGGAUAUCUGAUAAAAAGCAGAACAGACAGGCCUGGGCUUAACUUCAAGAACAUUUUAUUUGAAAUCCUCUUGACAAAAUGGCAGCCAAGCUACAGAAAAUUGUGGCAGACAAAAAAGAAGUGGUUGAAACAGUUAUGGAAAUAUUUGACCAGGGAGCUGAAAUCGUUGCUACCAUAGUGGGAGAGUUAUUCCCAAUCUUCCAGAUAGCCGCUCCGAUUGUGAAACUCGCCCUAGACAAUGUUGAAAGCACCGAAGCAGAGUACAUGAAGGAACAGUUCCAGAAAGUCAGGGACAAGUUAGACGUGGUUUCCGAAGAGAUCACCAGCAUCAACAAUGAGAUUAAGAAAAGCGGGAUGGACCAGCAAUACUUCGGAGUUGAAGAAAACCUGACGAACCAGUUUCGGAAGUUUAUGGACAUCCUAAACGCUAAACCGAAGUUCAAGGAGGUCAAGAAGAAGCUGUUCCUGGACUUCUUCAGCAGAACGGGUAAGGAACAAAAUCUUGAAAUCCUCUACAAUGCCGUGAUGGGCACAGGAUUGUUUACGGAACCCAUUCUUGAAAUAGCCCUGAAUUACGAGGAGAAGAACCGUCGUGUCAUGGAAGAUUUCUGCGCUCGCCUUAAACAGCUCUUCUGUAUCGGAUUGAUAGCUUUGAUGGGAUACGCAGGUCUUCAGAACGAAGAUGAAGAAGAGCUGGUGAAAGAGUGGCGCGAGAAGAUGAGAGAAGUUGAGACCAGAAUGAAAAUUGUUGUAGAUGACUGCAUCGGCAGCUUUGAAGGACAGGCCAAAAUUGACAUCCGCAAACUGCUGAGAGAAAAGAACGACAAAACUAACCAGGAAUUAUCAGACUACUUACUUGAUUUCUUAAAGAAAAAAUAUGACUGGGUCAUGUGGUCCGUGCGUGUGUACAACCAUUCCACAAGUAUAUUAAGUAAAAUCAUUGGUAAAAAAUAUCACUGCCUGACUGGCAAAAGCCGCUUUGAAUUUUUGGAAAUUGAUGGCGUCACAAACGUCGUUGUGUCCUACAGUGCCUGCCCGGAGCCAAUCAACAAAGAGAUGAUACACCAGUUAAUGGAAGGACAAGAGAAGAAAAAUGAUGUUGCAAUAGCUGAACAGAUUUUCUACAAGGUGCCAGCUUGCGUUGUUCAUGCAGUCAGUAUAAGCAAUCAACUUUGUGGAUCAUGGAGUUUCCCGGAUGAGUUACACUUCUGGGAACAAUAUAAAAACCUUACGCUGUGUGUCCAUUCAGCCUAAGAAAAAAAUAACAGCCGUACAAUUGCUUCAAUUACUUUAGAAUAAAAAGGGUGCAUCUUUGUGUUAAUCAUGCUAGUUGACUUCUCAUUAGCAGCAGCAAUAAACGUAACUAGCCCAUCACAACGCAAUUAUCAGCAGGGGAUCUUGCACGGGUGAAGAUGAAACUAAUAAUACAUUUAUCACGGUUAAUUUGCAUGGUCAUUUUUCAGUUUCCCCAUGCAAUACUAGGCUUUUCCUAUAGUUUACCAUGGCUUGCCAUGUUUUUUAAAUAUGUUUUACCACACCUCUCUGAGCUUUACUGUGCUUAAGCAUCUCGUAAUGGUCUUUACUAUGAACCUAGCUAACUUUAUACAUACAAAUAAUGAAAAACAGAAACUAAACAAUAAUUGGAAACCAAAUACCAAGAAUGAUAUAUUGGUGAGAAAAUUAUUUUAUUCUGGACACCCUGUUUGUUGUACCUUUUAAAAGACGGGUUCGAGUCUCAAAGCCAUUUAUUUCUAAAUGUCAUUAGCGCAAUUGUUUAUAUAGUAAAAGUAUACUCAAUAACGUUACUAAAUCAAACAUUUAUUAACUCGGACAUUCAAUUUUGUGAGCAGUCUGAAGUUGUUUCUUAUUUGUGUUUUAGAAUUGUAAUUGUUUUUGUUUUUUUUUUGCUUUAAGACAAAAAUAAUUCUGACGAUUUGGAAUAAAUAGCUUUGAGAAUCUAGUCCAUUGUUGUAUCGAACACAAUUGAUCUCAGAAAUGACCGCCAAUACAGGGGUACCAAAUGAUGAGUAGCACAUACUGUACCCACCUUAGCGGUACAUUCAAAUGUUAACUGUCUGGUACAACUGCAGCAGCUGGGAUUGCUAAACUGCCUUCUCCAGUCUACCAAACCAUGUACAAUACAUUCCAGACAUCGCUGCAUUUCAAGUGUUUCAUUCGAAAAGUCAAAUUUGAGGUUCAGGAAUCUCACAAGUUAGUUCAUUAAUUGCUUUUGGUCAUGGCAUUUCCUGAUCCAAUGUCCAGUUUUGGUGGGUAGGCUGGUAUUCUCAAACCGGAAGUGUGAGUCCUCCUUUAAAAAACAAAAAAACAAGAAUUGUACUUGACAAACUUUUGCUAGUUAAAGCGAGUGUUAUUCAGAUGUGCUGUUUCAGUUCUGGAUGUAGUUCAGUACCCCCCUUAUAUUUGUGUUAGAGCAGAGACUCAAAUCAGUAAUGUCACUGGCAAUGAACAAAAAAUAAUGCACUGUUUAAUUCUAUUCCUUUCUUUGUCUGUUUUUUGUAUAUGAAAUGCACUAAAUCUAACAUUUAUUAAAACACUUUUUUUAUUAUUAACUGUCAAGAAGUGAAUGAGAUUACAAAUAUAACCAAUAUUACAACGCAAAAUAGAAAUUAACUGCUAAUAUAAGCAUCUUUUAUAUGAUAAAUGUUGUAAUAAUAAAAUGACUUAAUAAAAAUGUAAACAACA